CCAAACCCGAAGCAUCAAAAUAAUCCACCCGGAAUGAACAUCUAAGUAACGGGUGGAUUUUCUGCACGGCUCGCUCUCCUUCCCUUGAAGUCCCGACGGAAUCGCGUUCUGCGGCGCCGUCUCCCGAGAGACUAGAAUGCAAAACAGUUCGCGUCACAAGACACAGAGAACAGUGGUUCCCCAUGCAGCCCUUGGCCUUUUAAAGGGGCCGUCUGCGAUGCGGCGAGUGAAUCGGGGCGCGGGUUAUGGAAGGAUUUUCUCGAACCUCGGAGAAAAAUCGGGAUGGAGGCAAUGAUCCAGAUAGCAAAGAUACUGGAAAAGGAACUUCUUCUUCUGAAGUUGAUAAUUCUGAUAAUGCACCGGAAGAUAAUGUUACAGUUCCAGAGCAUGAGAGUAGCAAAGUGGAGUUGCAUGAGAUCACAGAAAAGUCACGAGUAGCUACAGGGUUGGAAGAUCAUCCAGGAGGAGUUACAGAUACAAUUCCUAUACCUUCAGCUAGGUCUUCUAAAGAAAUAAAAGUAGGAGAAACUAGUGGUAGUCCAGAUAUGAGAUCAGAUAGAGAUUCUUCAGAGAGAAAAAUAGAGUUGUCUUCCCCAAGUGCCACAGAGACAUCAACAUCAAGCACAGGAAAAACCAAGAGCUUUCCAAGGAUAUUGGGAGGAGUUCGGAGAGAACGUGAAAUCAGCAGAUGUUGGAUACAAUUGCUGAUAUGCCUCAGAGACCCUUCGAAAUAUCUGUCUCAAUGCAGACAGAUGCAAGUUGGAUUCAUGACCACGUCUAUAAGAGAGAGCUAUAUAUUUUUAAAGGAAAAUACACAGAAAACCAGCAUGCUGCUCCUUGUCAGUCUGAAAGAUGACAUAGCUCCCCUUACAGCUCCAAAGGAGACUCAAAAAGAAAUUCCUCCUGAGAAUGAUAUCUAUGCUGUUAUUCCCCAAGAUCUCAGCUGCUUAGACAUUUUAUGCGACACAGAGUUUAGAGAAGACUUCUUAAAACUGUUUCAAGAAUCUCUGCAGACAAUUUCCAGUGUUGGCCCACCUACUAUUCUAGCUUAUAGACCAGAGUCAUCAAGAGCAGAUAUUCACAUUGAGGUCCAGAAGGAAACUCCAGAAACCUGUGAAUUCUGUGGCAGCCCCCUAAUAUACUUCCCUUCAUUUGAAAGUCUGGAACACAUAGCAGAAUGGGGAGAUCUUUUCUGUUGCCAGCAAUGCCGGGAUCUUCAUGAGUUUAUUGUCAGUGAAAAAAAUCGCUAUCCAAAGAAAAUGGAGAUGAUUGAUAUUGCCCCUCAUAAGGCCCACGGAAGUCAAGCUGACCGAGAACGGGCAAAAGAAAGAGCUCGACAAAGGCUCAGAGAGAGACAAAUGGCAAAACAAAUUGCGUUUAUGGCAGUAGAAGCAGAAAAGAGUGCAUUUCCAAUGCAUAUCCCUGAAUACAAUAAACAGCUUAAAACAAUUUCCUUCUUCCUGUCUCAAGAGACACCUUCUUCAGCAAGAAUUUAUCCACCAGUAAUUAAAGAAGCAGAGAUUGUGGACAAUACAUACAGCAUCUCUUGCUGUGAUUUCACUAUUGCAGGUGGAAAGUUAGUGAAAAACCAAUUCAUACAACAGUACUACAAAAAUGGUGUGAAGUUCCUUACCAUGUUUCCGGAUGGCACUGCACAAAUAUUCUAUCCAUCUGGAAAUCUGGCAAUUAUUGUUGUACAGAAAGAUGAAAAUGCAGGAUACAUUUGUAUAGUCCAAGAAGAUAAGUGUGAGAAGCCGGAAAUCCAAGCAGUAUUUGACUCUUGUGGGAAAGGAACGUGUUAUCAUCCAAACCAAAUUGUAUGGAUAAAUAUUACUAUUCGAGGAGGACAUUACUCAGAUCAAGCUGGCAACAAAGUGAAAACAUGGAUUUGGCCCAACAAUCUACAGAAGCACAAUCCCCGUGUAUCGUUUAAACCCAUCUUUCUAUCCUUGAACCUUAAUGUUGGUGUCAGGAUACUAGGGCAAGAUAAAAUUGCCAUUUCUUUUCUUGCAAUGGGAAAACAAGCAAAAAUUAAUGUAGGAACCAAAGUGAAGCCACUUGCUGAACACCUUCCAUGGCCAAAGUAUAUAGCUGAAGAUGACCUUCUGCUCUUCGCCAAUAGACUAAAGAUUCUUCGCAUCUUUGCUAAACUGAAUGGAUAUUUAGACUUUCCUGCCAGUGACUGGUGGACUAAACUGGAGCUCCCUUCAUUUCUUUUGAAACAGACUUCGAAGUUAAUAUAUCUUUGUAAAGAAUGUGAAAUAGACUGUGCUCUAGAUAAGUUAAUAAUGGCAAAACUAAAUUCACCAGUUUGAUCAACAGCCGAUUGUUGAUGUUGCCUGAACAAUGUGUUAAAGUCACUUGUUUAAAAUAUUUAAUAUUUAUUAAUCUGUUGAACUCUAUAAGCAAAUUUAUAUGUAUUUAAUAUUUAUGUAUUCUUAAAAUAUAUAUGGGUAUCUUCAUGAAUGUUCUAUGUAACAGAAAAUAUAAAUUUGAAGCCAACUCCAGUAAGAAAAUUAAAUUAUAUGCCGUAGUAUUCAUAAAACUCUAGAUCCAUUUUGCUAUGAUUAAAAAAAAUCAUAAGAUUUUUAAGGCCAUACUGUUAGACUAACCCACAAAAUUCCUCUGUAGUUUUGAUUUCUCCACACCUCUUUAAGCAAGAUAGUAAAUAAAACACAAUGGGUAGGCUGCGGAAGCGGAUUCUUAAACCACUGGCUUGUAUUUAGUUAUAAUCUGGAUGGAAUUAGACCCUACCAGCCAAUGUCAUGUUUUCAGAUUACAAGUAAGAUUCUGGUAAAAGCUUCUGGAAAAAAGAUUGGUUGUUCCCACUGUCUGAAAUCAAACCAUCCAGUCAUUACUCAGACUCCUGUCAAUCUUUAGGGAGAAAACCUAAUGCAUCUUUUUAAAGUGUAAAAACAAUAAAGGAGAACAAUAUUUUUUUAUAACUAUGCUGUCGUUGAUAAACAACCUUAGUCUUGAUAUAUUAACAAAGCUUUAUCUACUACUUGGAGGAAACUGUUUUCUAGGAUGUAUGUUCCAGGGUCAGAAAAUAAAACUUUCCAUAUACAAUGCUGUUGCUGAUAUUAUCCAAACUGCAGUUAUUAUUGUAAAAAGGAAAAAUUCUUAGUACAGCAGUUAGAUCAUUCCAGAAUCUCAAAAUAGUAACUCGUUCAGGUGCAAUAAAAUUCUUCAUGACUUGUAAUGGUUCUAUUAGCAUAGGUAAAUUCCAUUUAUAUAUAUAUACGCAAUGAUGAAUCCUCAACUUUAUAGAUGAUUUUAUAGAAGCACUUUCUAUUGCUUCUAUUACCAUCAUCCAAUCAAGGCAGUGUUACAAACCAAUUUUAGACAAAAAAAGCUAUGUGUAUUCUUUAUCUUCUGAUCUCUCCCUUUCCUUUUGUGAGCUAAUGAACUAUUGGAAACAAAUGUGUAUAAUAAAUUAUGCCCUCAGAGCAGCAGACAGGAAUUAAAACAAUGUAAUUGAGUAAUAUGGUAAAACAGCAGCAAAAGUGGCAAAACAUAUAAUUAAAAGGUGGAGCUGGGAUAGCUGUUAUUUAUUUUCCAUUUCUUUUCAUCAAAAUAACUGUACCAAGAAAUCUAUAUUAAUAAAGCACUAUAAAUGCACAUUUAUGCAUCAAAA